AUAAUCUCUUGGGAAUAUCCUGGGUUGAUAGCUCCUGGAUUCCAAUACUGAACAAUGGCAGCGUGCUGGACUAUUUCUCAGAGCGAAGUAACCCGUUCUAUGACCGAACAUGUAACAAUGAAGUUGUCAAAAUGCAGCGGAUGACCCUGGACCAUUUGAAUCAAAUGAUUGGAGUGGAAUAUAUUCUUCUUCAUGCUCAAGAGCCCAUUCUCUUCAUUAUCCGCAAGCAGCAAAGGCAAUCUCCAACACAAG